UAACAGCCAAGGAAUUUUAUGGAGAAAAGCUGAUUGCAGAACCUACAUUGAACUCUCCUGUAACACAUACUCAAUUACACAUUACUGUUCACCCUUACAGAUCUCAUUUCCUUCUAUUAUCACCAUUUCAUAGGAGAAGGAAGCCAAUAUCAAACUCACCGAUCGAAUGCGGCAACAGAUCGAAGAAUUGGACAGAGUCUCGAAACAAACUUCACAUACGUCGAAUGGGAAGAGAGGCCGCGGCGCCAGUGAUUGCGGAUCAAGCGGCUGCGGCGGCGGCUGGAAGGGCAACGAAAGGAGCGCGGCUACGAUUUGUGAAGAUCUAGCGAGACGAUAUGACUUGCCGGAGGCAAGCUCGGCGGCAGCAAAAUUGGUGGAUCUCCGAUGGAAGGCCGAAGGUGGACUGAGAGAUGGAACGAGUGGCAAAGUGGGAAUUGGGAAGAGAAUGGUCCUCAGCUUGGCAAUUGAAAAAUCAAAAAUGGGAAUUGGGUACCACUUUGCAGUUAUCCAAAAUCGUAGGGACUAUACAAUACUUUACCUCUAUGUAAGGAAUGAAUAAAUAAUUUUCCUUUUAAUCCAUUGUUGUGUCGAAUUGCUAAAUUAGCGUUCUUGUAACUAUUAUUUGUUAAUUGUUACUAGAUAAAUGGCCCGGGCUCUGCACCGGGUAUUCUUUUGGAUAUUAUAAUUUGAAUUUUCAAGUAAUGUAAUCGCAAAUUAAAUAGUAAUUUUAAUGAUAAAUUUGAUGAAAUCUAUUUUGAUUUGUUCUUUGCAAAGAUAUGCAAGGUAAGAUUGAAGUUCCAUUGUGUUCUCCAUCUAUUGAAUUUAUGUUCUUCUUAAUAUAAUUAGUAAUACUCUCAUGUUUUGACUCCCUAUAAUAUAAGAAAAACUAUAAAUAAAUGGGAGUUUUUAUCUCUCAUAUAUUUUGUCACUCUCUUUUUUUUUUAAUUCGAAUGUGAUAUCCAAAUUCAUCAUUAUUUUUAGCCAUGACAAUAACAAAAUUGAUAUAAUUAGAAUUUAUUCCAAUUUCAUGUUUAUUUUUACCUUUCAUUUCAUGGAGUUUACUUUCCCUUAAAAAGAAGGAAAACAUUCAUAAAUCACAAUCAGACAAAUUCAAAGUAUGAUUUUUUUAAAAAUAUUUAGAGUAUAUUAUUUUAAUUUUAUGAUUUAUAUUUCUAAUGAAUUUCAAUACAAUAGCCAUGGCUAUAGCUAAACACGUGGCCAACGUAGAAAAGGGCCCUAAACAUAUAUUUGGUCUGGAGCAAGAUGAAGGUCAAUUGGUUACCAAUCAGAUCAUUAUCUCCAAAGCGCAGCUUUUGCACGAGAAAAAGGUUAGACACUCCCGAUCAAAGCUGGAUAUGGAGUUACGCAGGCUCGGUCCUCUGGAUGCCCCAGUGAAUGGCCCGAGAAGGCGGAGGAAAAGGAGGGGGGAAGUUGGUGACGAAUCUUAAUGGGGUCCUCUGCCUUAUUCUGGAACGUAAGGGGUCUUGGAGACCCGGACAAGAGACUUCGUGUAAAAGGCUUCAUUACUCGCAGGAAUCCCAGUAUUGUAGGGCUUGUUGAAACUAAACUGGAACAGUGUUCGGACAUGAUUGUGAGAAAUAUAUUCGGCAGAAGGAGUUUCAGUUGGGUUUCUAAACCAGCGAUUGGCAGUGCUGGGGGGAUUCUUAUUAUUUGGGAUUCGUCUUUGUUCAGCAAGCAAUCAGAAAAGGUAGGCAAUUACUGUUUGUGUGUGGAAUUCCAGGAUAUUUCUUCUUCAAAAGUUUGGCAUCUGUUAGUCGUAUAACCUGGAGCGGGACCAAAAUCGGAUAGCAAAUAAUCCAAUUCCAUUUUUCGGGCUUAGAUUUGAGGUAAAAAAUCGUUUGGGACUGGAUCGAAAACCGGAUAAAGACCGGAUAAGAGAGUCCAAAACCCAAAACUUAACCAACUCCUCACCUUUUGAGCUCUCAGGCCAUUCAAAUUUCCACAAGCUCAAUCCAAAAUCAAGACUGAAUUGAGACCGGACCAGGUCAAGACCGGAUCGAAUCAAGACCAGAAUGUAUUCAAUCCAAUCUUUGGUCCUUAUAUUCUCGAAAAGACCGAACCGGAACCGGAUCAAUUCAGGCCAAUUUAACCGGACCGGACCAUAUAGCCACCCCUAGUCAUGGGGGUUAGAUAGGUUUUAUUUUGUGAGAAAUAAGGUAUUAAUAACUAG